AUGUACAGCAACACCCUGAACAGCCACAGCAACAGAACCAGCAGCAGCAGCAGCAUCAGGAUUGCAGGAGCAGCAGCAGCAGGAGCAGCAGCAGCAGGAUCUAUCCGGGGGUUCGCUACAGAGUCAUUUCCUAAGGGUUUGCAUAGAGACUUAGACUCAGGCUGCACAGACACCCCAGUAGGAGGCGAAAACCUUUAUAGAAGAGUCGGAGGCCCCGGCUACCCGAUGCUCUUCGAUGUUAAAUACGACAAACCUACUUGGCAGCCCUUGUGGGAAGACGAACACGAAGUCAUUCCCAGAGACGGAUUCGGGGUGCCUGCACAUAUCCCUCCUGAGGUGUCUACGAAGAUAAAGCAUGUGGUGUAUAUACCGCCUCAUUAUUAUACCUUUUUAAAACGUUUAGGCGAAGACAGCCCGUCAUUGCAGCCGUUUAUGAGUAAAUUAAUUCAAGGGCAGUUAACCUUCGCAGAUUAUGAAGAAAUGUUUUAUAAGUUCGCUAAACCUGCUAAAAUUUACAGAGCACAGAUACCUAAACCCUUCAGAACUCAACAAGAAGUUCAGCAGCAACAACAAGUUGAUUGGGAGGGGGCGUGGCUCUCCUAUAGACAAAGAGUACUUGCAGAUUAUCAGUCUACAGUAUAUUUACGAGAGUAUUUGUUCGGUGCAAUGCUCGGAAUUUUCUUCGGCUAUCUUUGGUUGGAUCAGCACCGACAGUACAGAUUAGAUAUGAAGUUGUUUUAUUUAGAAGCCCCCGAGAAUAAGGUUAAUUGGGUUAAGCCUAGAGGAGAUCUGGUGUAA